AUGGCACAAGUGAUAUGGAAUACAGACAUUGACGUCUACAAUAGGACUGUUAUUCCACUACUGAUAGCACGGAGCAUUGCCAACUACUUACCCAUACAAGAUCUUCUAUCCUUUAGUUUAAUAUCGAAAAAUGCUCAUGAGGCUGUAAAUGAUCCCACACUUUGGGUUUCCAUUUUAAAAGAGAUGGGCGUAUGGGACCACGCAAGGCAAGUCACCAAAGAAGAUAUACGGAAGAAUGCAAAAAUGCCGUAUCUAGACAGCCCCUUGACAUGUUUGGACUAUGUCUAUCGAUCUUUAAAGAAUGCCAAAUAUCAAACGUUAAAGAUUCACAAGUGCUUGUUUCGGUACUACAACGACUUACUUGUGACCAAAAGCUACGACAACCUCAAGCUACUAAAAGAUUUCCAAACCCCUGAAGAUCAAGCAAAGAUAUUAACGAAUUUGCUCAGCUACAACAGGGUUGAUCAUAAUGAAGAAUCUAGAGCUCUUGCUCACGAUAAAUUAAGUGAUCUUUUUGAACAAUUUGAAAAUACAUUGUUGCGAGAGUUGGAAAUUCAUUUUGAUGUUGAGGACUAUGAACAAACGAAAAGGUUUGUAUUAAUCUUGGUGUCGCUUAAUAAUCAACAAACAUUGAUUGAUUUCUUCCUACAAAAGAGUAUAUUUGACGAGGAUAUGGAGAUGUUUGGGCUAACGCCUUUGAAUAUUGAUGACUACUUCGCCAACCAAUGUAUAAACACAGCAUUAUUUGAUGACUUGAUCGCAAACGUAGCCCUGGUGUUCAAUAAACAAUGCGAAAUUAUUGACAAGAUAUUUCCACAAUCUAUUCCUAUGAUGUACAAGGUGUGCGAGGAAAUAAUCUCGAACCAAUUAUCAGAGCUAGUACUAUUUGUGUUUGAAACAUCUAAAAAGCAUGGUUUGUAUUUGAAUACUGUGCCAUUCUUGUAUGAAAAGUUGACCGUCAAUUUGAUUAAAGCAUUGGUUCCUUCCAACAAUGUUGGCGACUUUUAUCACAAAUUGGUUGCUGAGUUGAUUGAUAUGAUGUUUGAAUCUUUUGCCGCCGAGUACAUGCGAGAAGAAGUGGCUCAGUUUCGUGUCAAUGCUCAAGAGAAAUUAAUCAAGUGGAAUGAGCAAAUAUUACAACGAGAAGCAGAGACGUCACUGAAGAUUCUUGAAAGUGUCAAGAUUGAGUCUAAAAAUGAUUUCUUAACCUCAUUUAAGAGUGUAUUUGCCAUCAGCUCCGCCAAAGAUCCAGUGUCUAAGGAAAACUUUACUGAGAUGCAAGCAAAAGCCAAGAUAUUAUCCGAAAACAUUAGAUCCUUGAACAAGAUUCUUAGUCCUGAAGUUGUACUUGAAAUUAUAAACAAUGCAACAACUUCAUUGAACCGUCUUUUAACCUUCAAGGACUUCACAAUUGCAUCUUUGAGAAACGACAUUUUUCUGUCAACGCAAGAGAUAUUCAUUGAUGUGAUGGAUACAAUUGGCAUUGAGCAUUUGACACCAGGUUUUGAAAAAGCUUUGACAUAUUUGCAAACGUAUAACCCCAACUCUUCAACAUACACGACACAACAUAACGAAAAAUUUGCAGAACCAAUUGUGCUAUUUUUUGACUUGAUCAAUAUGGCAGACGUAAUUAUCCAAAUGGUGGACUUCUUUUACAAAGAGGAAAUGUUGAACAAGAAGAUUGUCAAACAUGAAAACAGUAUAUUGAACCCUUCACUUCAGAGUAAAAAAAAACUUGAGGCUUUGGUUGACAAGAAUGUUGCUGAUGGUUUGAAUGUUGGAAUUGAGUUGCUUGUUCAUCAAAUUGAGACCACGUAUCAAGAAUUACUACUAGACACUGAUUAUAAUCCUCCUUCUGACUCGGUAAUGAGUCUCGGUCCAACAAAUGCGGCCCAGAAAGCCACUAGUAUCCUCGAAGAGAAUAUGAACCUUCUUGUCGAUAGUGCCGAUAAAUCCGUUGUUGAUGUGUUUCAACAAGAAAUUGCUGAAAGAUUCUUUCAAGUGAUUGUCAAGUUGUUGAAGAAACGUAUGAUAUCAGUUGCUGGAGCAACAAAUUUGAUUUCAGAUUUGAACUUAUACUAUGAGUUCAUGUUGGAACAUAUAAAAUCAAACAAGAGACUAAUAAUGCCGUUGUAUCAAGCACUAAAGAAGAUUGGCAAUUUGUACCUCAUUAGUGGUGACGACUCAAAAUCGAUCGGAAAGUUGGUUAGCGACUUGUCCAAAUUCAACGGUAUAUUUGGACAAGAAGAGAUUUACGAGUUUGUUCAAAGACGAGAAGACUGGCCAUUGAUUAAAAGACAUGUGGAAAAGGUUAUGUAUGGGUUUGGAUUUGGUGAUUGUGCAAUUAUGUAG